AUGCCCGAAUUAGAGGAAUCCUAUGCUUCCUUCAUCCAUUCAGAAACAACAGAGUUAGUAUCGGGACUUUACACAAUCACCAACACACCAUGGAUUGCCCAAAACACUCGGUCUGAUCCCAUAGACUCUUCAAAAAUUGAUUACAAUGAUCUAACCAGCGUUACCAUUGGACCUCCCUCCAGUCCCAUCCGUGUCACCUGGCCCCUUGCAGUUUUCUGUAUGAACUCACUAUUUUUCCGCAGCAUAUUCAUGCCAGAAAUACCUACAGUACCAGAUACCACACCUUCUUACAUUCGUGCUCUCCGUCUGGAACACCAACGCACGAAUAACAUUCCAUUUCCAUGCACCACACCGGCCGAAAUCGACGCUUUUUCCAUUUUCAUAUCAUGGAAUACAACCAACGAAUUAAAAUCUUCAACAAAAUUUGUUGGGAUCACCAGUGUUAAUAUUUGCGAGCGCAUUCGGCAGUACAGUAAGCUUUGGGAUCAGAUGAUAGAAUGCUACAAGCUCUCUCAAUCCCUGAUCGCGCCCAAAUUUGCCAAUAAAAUUAUCGACACAAUGAUCUGCGCUCUGAGAGAAGAAUGUGGAUGGCAAACCCAUCGAAGACAACUAAAAGACGAGGAAGAUGAGAACAUUCUCGCGACUCCUGGAACCGCAGAAUAUGACGCAUUAAUCGAUCGCCUAUCCGAACUCACAACCGAAGGAAACGAUAACAUAUUCAACCAAAUACAAUCUUCCACCACCCCGCAAAUAGUAGAGCAAAACAACACUCCGAAUCGAAAGACCAAACUCCUCCCUCCGGAUGCGAGAACAAUUCUCGGUGGAUCGCCUACGCAAAUCUCCCAUCUGUAUGCAUCCACAAACCCCGGUUCGCAACUGCGAAAAAUGCUCGUUCAGAUGAUCAUCAACUAUUCUGUCCGCUACCCCAAAUACUAUGCUCAACCUGCCAGCUUUAGCACUUUAAUCACCGGCGCGGAGACCAGUACGCAGGGGGUUCUUUCGGUCCCGAUGGAAUUCAUGAUUGAUUUAUUGGGUGCUUAUGCAAAACUGGGAAAAGAGGCUAGAGAUAGAGGAUGGAGAGAGAGUACUAAGGCAUGUUUACAUCAUGAGCAUAAGGAUCGUGUCGAGGAGAUGAACUGUCAGGUGCAGAGUGCGAGAGAAAGGAAGAAUGCGGAGGGAGGUGGGGAUGUGACGAUUUCUUCAGCAGUGGGAUAUCCGAUGGGUUGA